GGUAAGGAACUGAUAUUGAUAAAUUAUUUUUAAUAUGCUUUUCUAUCUAAUCCUUCUAACUCUAAGUGAUUUCAGUUCUUGCCAGUCAAAGUAAGGUUGAUCUUUGAGAUGAUUAUAAUUGUUUUUCUUAAUAUAUAUUUACAUAUGUUAUUAGUAGAUCUUUUUAGAUUGGUGACGUUUGUUAAAUGUGUUGUUUAAAGUAAGUUCUUCAUGUUGUGCAAUUGUCUUUUAGAUUUUUCCAGUGUUUUCAUUUUUAUGUUGGAAAUAAAAUUUCAAUUCAAUUCAAGAAAAUGCUGACUACAUAUUGGAAUUCAAUUUUUACAGGUGCUCCUUACUAGAGAAUUGAAUAUUUACAUGGAGAAAAUUUCAAUUCUUGGUUUCAUUUUAGCUAUUCUCUAUCUCAUAACAACAGAACUUGCAUGUAAUGGUCAUACCCGUAUCGACAACAAUGUUCAAUCUGAACAAAAGGCUCUUAUUGACUUCAAAAGUGGUCUCAAAGAUCCCAACAAUCGGCUUUCAUCAUGGAAAGGAAGCAAUUAUUGCUCAUGGCAAGGAAUUAGUUGCGAAAAUGGCACAGGAUUUGUCAUUUCAAUUGAUCUUCAUAACCCUUAUCCUCGUGAGAAUGUAUAUGAGAAUUGGAGCUCUAUGAACUUAAGUGGAGAAAUUAGUCCUUCAUUGAUAAAACUCAAGUCUUUGAAAUAUCUAGAUUUGAGUUUCAACUCAUUCAAAGCCAUGCCAGUUCCUCAAUUCUUUGGGUCUCUGGAGAAUUUAAUAUAUCUAAACUUAUCAGGUGCUGGGUUUAGUGGAUCAAUUCCUUCAAAUUUAAGGAAUCUUUCUAGCUUGCAAUAUCUCGAUCUUUCUAGCUUGUAAUAUGUCGAUCUUUCUUCUGAGUAUCUUUACGAUAUUGAUUCAGAGUAUCUUUACUAUAUUUAUUCUGAAUAUUUUAAUAAUUUAUUUGUUGAAAAUAUUGAAUGGAUGACUGGCCUUGUUUCCUUGAAGUAUCUUGGUAUGAAUUAUGUUAACCUUUCAUUGGUAGGAAGUCGGUGGGUUGAGGUGGCAAACAAGCUUCCAAGUUUAACUGAGUUGCAUCUAGGUGGUUGUGGCCUCUUUGGCUCAUUUCCAUCUCCAAGCUUUAUUAAUUUUUCUUCACUUGCUGUUAUAGCUAUCAACUCCAACGACUUCAAUUCCAAGUUUCCUGACUGGCUUUUAAAUGUCAGCAACCUUGUAUCCAUUGAUAUAAGUGACAAUAAAUUAUAUGGGAGAAUUCCACUUGGUCUUGGUGAGCUACCCAAUUUGCAAUACUUAGAUCUAUCUUCUUCGAUUUAUCUAGUUUCAGAUUUCCAUCUCAGGGGCAGUAUCUCUCAACUGUUGAGGAAGAGUUGGAAAAAGAUAGAAGUUCUAAAGUUGGAUGGAAAUGAAUUACAUGGUUCAAUUCCAAGCUCCAUUGGAAACUUUUGCAACUUAAAAUAUCUGGAUUUGAGUUUUAAUCUCUUGAAUGGAAGUUUACCUGAGAUUAUCAAAGGACUUGAAACCUGCAGUUCUAAAAGUCCUUUGCCUAAUUUGACAAAAUUGUCCUUGUACAACAAUCAAUUGAUGGGAAAAUUGCCGAAUUGGUUGGGUGAGCUUAAAAAUCUCAAGGCACUCGAUUUAUCCAAUAACAAAUUUGAAGGUCCCAUCCCUGCUUCUUUGGGGACAUUGCAACACUUGGAGUUUCUGUCUCUUUUGAAGAAUGAGCUGAAUGGAAGUCUCCCAGAUAGUAUUGGACAACUUUCUCAACUGCAAUACUUGGAUGUUUCUUCCAAUCAUUUGAGUGGAAGUCUCCCGGAUAGUAUUGGACAACUUUCUCAACUGCAACACUUGAUUGUUUAUUCCAAUCAUUUGAGUGGAAGUCUCCCAGAUAGUAUUGGACAACUUUCUCAACUGCAAGACUUGGAUGUUUAUUCCAAUCAUUUGAGUGGAAGUCUCCCAGAUAGUAUUAGACAACUUUCUCAACUGGAACAAUUGGAUGUUUCUUCCAAUCAUUUGAGUGGAAGUCUCCCGGAUAGUAUUGGACAACUUUCUCAACUGCAACGCUUGCAGGUUUCUUCCAAUUAUUUGAGUGGAAGUCUCCCGGAUAGUAUUGGACAACUUUCUCAACUGCAAGGCUUGCAUGUUUCUUCCAAUCAUUUGAGUGGAAGUCUCCCGGAUAGUAUUGGACAACUUUCUCAACUGGAACAAUUGGAUGUUUCUUCCAAUCAUUUGAGUGGAAGUCUCUCUGAACAACAUUUUUUGAAGCUGAGUAAGUUGGAGAAUCUAUAUAUGGGCUCCAAUUCUUUCCAUUUAAAUGUUAGUCCUAAUUGGGUUCCCCUUUUCCAGGUGGAUGAACUUGAUAUGUGUUCAUGCCACUUGGGUCCUUCAUUUUCGGCUUGGCUUCAAUCUCAAAAGAACCUCAACUUUCUUGAUUUCUCAAAUGGCAGCAUUUCAAGUCCUAUUCCAAACUGGUUUGGGAAUAUUUCUUUGAAUCUGCAACGGUUGAAUCUUUCUCACAAUCAGUUACAAGGUCAGCUACCAAAUUCAUUAAAUUUUUAUGGUUUAUCAGAGAUUGAUUUCAGUUCCAACCUCUUUGAAGGACCUAUUCCUUUUUCAAUCAAAGGGGUCGAUAUUCUAGAUCUCUCCUAUAAUAAAUUUUAUGGCUUUUUUCCAUCGAGUAGAGGUGAAUCCGUGUCAAGCUUGUCUUAUCUUUCUCUUUCAAGUAAUCAAAUAACAGGGGCCAUCCCAUCAAACAUAGGUGAAUUCCUACCCAGCUUGCAGUUCCUUUCUCUUUCGGGUAAUCGAAUAACAGGGACCAUCCCAGAUUCCAUAGGACGCAUCACCAAUCUUGAAGUCAUUGAUUUUUCAAGGAAUAAUUUGACUGGAAGCAUUCCUUCUACCAUAAAUAAUUGCUCUAACCUUUUUGUGUUAGACCUUGGAAACAACAAUCUGUUUGGGAUAAUACCGAAGUCGUUGGGCCAGUUACAAUCGCUCCAAUCACUGCACUUGAACCACAACGAGCUUUCAGGAGAGCUCCCCUCAUCUUUCCAAAAUUUAACAGGCUUGGAAGUUCUUGAUCUUAGUUACAACAAAUUGUUGGGUGAGGUUCCUGCAUGGAUUGGAGUUGCUUUCGUAAAUCUGGUAAUACUCAACUUGAGGUCGAAUGUGUUUUGUGGAAGACUUCCCUCCCAGCUUUCAAAUUUAAGCUCCCUGCAUGUCUUAGACAUUGCACAAAACAAUCUGAUGGGUAAAAUUCCAAUCACUUUGGUUGAGCUUAAAGCCAUGGCUCAAGAGCAUAACAUGAUCAAUAUAUAUCCUUCGUUUCAAAAAGAGGGACUCUCCUGGUAUAAAGAACUAUUGGUUGUGAUUACCAAAGGCCAAAGUCUUGAAUAUACCAGGACUCUUUCUCUUGUUGUAGGCAUUGACCUAUCCAACAAUAAUUUAAGUGGAGAGUUUCCCCAAGAAAUAACAAAAUUGUUUGGUUUGGUGGUUUUGAACUUGUCGAGGAAUCACAUUACUGGCCAAAUUCCUGAAAGCAUUUCAAUGUUGCGACAAUUGUUAUCUCUUGAUUUGUCAAGCAAUAAGCUUUCCGACAGCAUUCCUUCAAGCAUGGCCUCAUUAUCAUUCUUGAGUUAUUUGAAUCUAUCAAAUAACAAUUUCUCUGGUAAGAUCCCCUUUACAGGGCAAAUGACAACCUUCACCGAGCUGGCCUUUGUGGGAAACCCUGAUCUAUGUGGAGCUCCAUUGGCCACAAAAUGCCAGGAUGAAGAUCCAAAUAAAAGGCAAAGUGUUGUUAGUGACAAAAAUGAUGGUGGCUAUGUUGAUCAAUGGUUUUACUUGAGCGUUGGCUUGGGAUUUGCCAUGGGCAUCCUAGUUCCAUUUUUUGUUUUGGCAACAAGGAAAUCUUGGUGUGAGGCCUAUUUUGAUUUUGUGGAUGAGAUUGUCAGAUGGUUGUUGAGAGGAAGAGCAACCUAUGCCAAAAAUCAUCCUAGAAGGCGAUAAAUUUUAUUUGUAGAUCUUUCUAUGCUUUAUGUAUCAUUAUAAGCUUUGGAAGUGAAUUUCAUCACAGUUGCAAUAGAAGAAAAGACUUAGCUUUUAA